UCUGUUCAGUGCGGAGGAGAACGAAUACGGCCCUUUAGAGUUAAACAUACACUGAGAGAAAAGCGCACAAAAGAAGCAAAAACCCGCCGUUAGAACGAACGAAUCUAAAUAAAGAGUGAGAAGGGGAGUCGAGCAACCGCGCAGGAGUGAUUUAAAACGCAAAUAUGAGCGGAGGGACGCCUUAUAUCGGCAGCAAGAUCAGCCUGAUCUCAAAGGCCGAGAUUCGAUAUGAGGGAGUUUUAUACACCAUCGACACUGAGAACAGCACUGUAGCUCUGGCGAAAGUCAAGUCGUUUGGAACUGAGGACCGUCCCACGGACAGACCCAUUCCUCCUCGAGAUGACAUCUUUGAGUACAUCAUAUUUCGAGGAAGUGACAUCAAAGAUCUGACCGUGUGCGAGCCGCCCAAACCCACUUGUAAUCUUCCCCAGGACCCCGCCAUCGUUCAGUCCUCUCUGGCAUCAACCACUGGCCCUGCGGCUCCUUCCUUCCAGUCAUACACCCCCUUCAGUCGGGCCCCGUACAGGCAGUUCAGCUCCACUCCACUGGUACCCCAGCCGUUUGGAGCAGCUGUCACUGGCGGAAGCAGCUCAGGUCCUGCAUUCAGUAGCGAGGGGAGCAGUACUGCCCCUCUGUCCCAGAGCUCUGCUUUAUCCCCGCGCACUCGCUCACUGAGUCACGAAGCUGAAGGUCGUUCGAGCCCGUCUCUGGAGCCCCUGAGGAAGACCCCGACCCUGGAGCACGCGGUUCAGACUGCCCCAGUUGCUCCCCCUGCAACAGCGGCAAGUUCGGUGGGUCAGAGGAGCCCUGGAGCAGCCCGACCCGCCCUCAGUGCUCAGAAACCUGCUGAAAACCUGGAGCAAAACAAAGCGUCUGAUCUUCAUAAGAUCACCCGGGAAUUACUUCGCCCGGAAUCAGACACAAACAGGCCUGAAAACAAAGACUUAAACAAACGGCAGUCUGGAGGUGGUGCUCCUGCAAUGAGGAAGGGUCGGGGGAGUGGGGGCGGAGGUGGCGGUCAGCGUGGAAGGGGCAGGUUUAACGGGCGAAGAGACGGACCAAUGAAAUUUGAGAAGGACUUCGACUUCGAGAGUGCCAACGCCCAGUUUAAUAAGGAGGAGAUUGACCGCGAGUUCCAGAGCAAACUCAAAAUUAAAGAUGACAAGGUUGAGAAAUCAGAGAAGACUCUGAAUGGAGAGGAGAAGACCGAUUCAGGUGUGGAAACUCAGAACAGUGAAGGCAAUGCUGAUGAGGAAGAUCCACUGGGACCCAAUUGUUACUAUGACAAAUCCAAGUCCUUCUUCGACAACAUCUCUUGUGAUGACUCUAGAAAGGAAAAAUCUGGAGGUGCUCCUGGGAGAGAGCGAAGGCACACCUGGGCGGAGGAGAGGAGAAUGAAUGCAGAGACUUUCGGUAUUCCUCUGCGUCAUAAUCGUGGACGCGGCGGUUUCCGUGGCAGAGGUGGUGGCAUGGGCUUCCGUGGCGGUCGUGGGCGUGCAGCCAGCAGGGGCUCGUUCAUGCCCUCCCGUGGGGGCGGACCUGGAUUCAGGGGUGGGUUUAGAGGUGGCAGAGGAGGGCGAGAGUUCUCAGACUUUGAAUACAGGAAGGAGAACAAAGUGGCAGCGUAGUUAAACCUGAAGAUCGGUUCAUCCUAACAGCCAAGAAUCUACACUCAUCACCGUCUAGAUUAACGCUUUGGUUUUGACUCCUGAACAACAGACUCUCUCUCUUUCUCCGUUUAACACCAGCGCAGGUGCGGCCUGCCUUCUGCUGGACACGCAGCUUCUAGUUUUUUCCUCAUUCCUUUUUUAGGGAAAAAAAACAAAAAACAUGUCUUUUGGUUACGAUUCAUCUUUUGAUCUUUGUUUGAUAUGUUUGGAGGGGAAAGAGAAUUUGUGUACCAGUUGCCGUGGAAUUAUUAUUAUCUGGUAUUUUUUCAUCAAACCUUUAGUUCCUUUUGUAACAAACACAGGAAUGGUAUUUGAUAAUAUUUUGUUUGGUGAACAGAACCCCGCUGAUACUGUGAGCGUUCCUCAGUCAAAUAGCUUUAUGAUGUUUAUUAUUUUUUUGGAUCUAGUCUCUUAUGUCUUUAGAAGCAAAACAAAAACCUGGUCUAGAGGCUGUAGGGUUUGUGUCAGACCAAAAUAAACUGAAACCACCUAAUCGAAAUAAAUAUUAGUCUCUCAAGAGCCUGCUAAAUUCACACGUGUGGACAUGCGCUUUAUGAUUGUCCGUUUGUGUUGAGUGUAAUGUAGAUUAUAUUUACUUCAUUUAGUAGAUUGACAUGGUUCAAGUCUGUUAGUGAUAUUAAGUUACGUAAAAAAAAAAAAAAAUGCUUUUUUUAGUUUGUUUGUUUAAUAUCAGCUUUUUAUUUUUUUUUAUUUUUUUUUUUUUUUGCUGCUUAUCUGGAAAAGCCUCUGUUUAGUUCUGUACUGUGUACACACAUCAGACAACAUCAGUAUCUAACAACAGGUCAGUCCAACCUCCAGCAUUUCACUCAAAAAACAACAAAACAUCCUGAUUUAUGAUUGAAUGUAUUGAUGAAUUCAACGACGUCUGGAAGAACUCCUGUUGUUGUUGUUGUUGUUGUUGUUUUUUCCCCCUUUUUUUAAUCUUUUAAACAAUUUUGUCCUUCGGUCCUCUCUAUGCCACUGUAUGCGGUAUGUUAGUUUGUCCCUGCUGAAUUAGACUGCUGUGUCCUGUCUUUAAAAUGUAUUUUUAUUAAGUGAGUUCCAGUUAUUCUUGCUUUUUUAUGUCAAUUCUGUAGAUUUCCAAGAGGGCUUUUUGAUAUAAACUCAACAAACCCGUAUUAAUGGCCACUUAUGAGCCCCGUCACUGCUUAACGGCAAGAUCUUAAGGAAAGAUCGGCCGAACCCUUUAAGAACAUGAUUGGAUGUCUCAAAAGGUUUAUUAUUUGCACUUUAAAGACACAUAACGCCUCCAUACAGAGUCACAUCUGGGUCAUAGAUGAAAAUUUGAUGAUGUCAUUUCAUUAUUCUCAUACACCAGACUAAUAUUGUCAGAGAACCCAAAGCGGGGAACAAAAAAGUGAUUGUUUGGAGACUUGGAUGAAUUAUGGAAGGAUAUUUUAGGUGAAUAGAUUGAUAUUAAAGGGAUCGUUCCUGUCAGAUCAUUUCUGUCAUUUACCUACAUUUUGGCCGAUUUAUCCCUUUAAUCAGGACAGUAUUUCUGUUAAACGCAUAAAUCCAUUGACUUAUUAACUGGAUAAACUUGGACUUAUUGAUGUAGUGAAAAUUUUUGCGUCAUGCUUAAAUGCAGAUGUUGAUGCCCAGACUAGUUUCACCUGAAAUUAGUGUCCAUAAACCCCUUUAUUGUGAGUAGUUCUACUUCCUGUUUGAUUCUCAUGUGUUUGUGCAUUAUUUCAGAUACCAGCCGUCUAUCGCUCUUAAUUUUGGAGAAGUUUGUUUACCCAACUUUCCUUGUCUCUCCCCUUUGAAUGUCACUGAAGCACUAGUCCCUGUACUAAUGGGUUAAUUUAGUUAUUUUGAGUUAGAAGUCAUGUGGUGUGCUUCAUAUUUUUAAUUUAAGAGAUCCAAAGACUGAAUUAUGACUUAAAAUUGGAGGAGAGAUGCUCUUUCAGCCAGUUCUAUAUUUUGUUUUUCAUAUUAAUAGCCCAAGAGUUUGCUGUUUUGUCUGUUUCAUAGUUGAAGCUGCACUUGUAUUAGCUAAACUGCUCCCUUUUAAAAGCACCACAAGUUUGCAAAGAACUCCCUCAGAUACCAGGGCAGCUGAUGAAAUGCAGUCUGAUUGGCCACUGGGCUGAUCACUUUUGAAAUGUCUUGAUUCACAGAUAUUUGGACUGGACCGAGAUGUUGAAUUAAACCUCAGGCCUGAUAUAGUGAUGAAGUUUAAGCCUAAACUUGUAUGAGAUUUCAAACUGGACAAAUGUGCAGAAUGUUUCAUGCAAUACAGGGUUGAUACAUGAUUUUUGUGCUAUGACCUCUGGAAGAAUUUAAUUGGCAAGGUUGUUUCUUUUUUCUGAAUUCAAGCAGUUGUACAUGAUGUGCUCUUAGAGGGAUUCAAACAGGGGCAGACUGGGGUUUUUAUUCAAACAAGAGAAAUAAAUAGUUGUUCAGUA